AUGGCAGAAGCUAUUCUUAAAGAUCAAGAACUUUUCAACUGUCCAGUCUGUCUGGACUUGCUGAAAAACCCUGCGACGAUUUCCUGUGGACACUCUUUCUGUAUGGACUGCAUCAGUAGCUGCUGGAUUCUGGAUGACACUGAUACUGUUUACAGCUGUCCUCAGUGUAGGCAGACUUUCAACCAAAGGCCUGUCCUAAACCAAAACAUUGUUCUGGCUGAACUGGUAGAGAGACUGAAGAACAUCCAGCUCCAAGCAUCUGCUGACUGUUACCCGGGACCUGGAGAUGUGGAGUGUGAUGUCUGCACCACAAGAAAACACAAAGCUAUCAAAUCCUGCCUCGUAUGCCUGGUCUCAUACUGUGAAACUCACCUUAGGCUUCACAACGAGCUCAACCCAGGAAAAAAACACAAGCUGAUUGACACGACCGGGCGACUACAGGAAAAGAUCUGCUCUCGUCAUGACAAACUUUUGGAAAUGUUUUGUCGCACUGAUCAACAAUGUAUCUGUUUUAUGUGCACUAUAGAUGAACACAAAGGACAUGAUACAGUCUUGGCUACAGAAGAGAAGACUGAAAAGCAGAGGGAGCUGGAGGUGAAACAAAUGGAAUCACAGAGAAGAAUUCAAGAGAAAGAAGAUGAACUGCAAGAGCUAGGACAAGCUAUGGAGUCCCUCAAGAGAUCCGCACAGUCAGCAGUGAGAGACAGUGAGAGAAUCGUUACGGAGUUGAUUGCCUCUAUUGAGAGAGAGUGGUCUGAGGUAACAGAGGUGAUUAAAGCCCAGGAGAAGGCUGAACUGAUCCAGGCUGAGAGACUGCGGAUGAGACUGGAGCAGGAGAUUGUCCAGAUGAAGAAUAAAGACGCUCAGUUAGCACAGCUCCUACAGACAGAGGAUGAAAUUCAUUUCCUUCAGAGUUUCCAGUCCCUCUGUGGACUUCCCGAAUCUGAAGACAUCCACAGAGUUUUUGUUAAACCCCUCCCCUCUUUUGAGGAAGUCGGAGAGUCUGCAGCCAAACUGAAAGAGCAACUGCAGAAACUCUGCCAAGAGGGCAUCAGCAAAAUAACUGGAGGUGUGUGGGAAAUCCGACAAAAAUAA